CCGAAACCCAGGUCAAAUGCCCUAGCCAUAUCAUAGAUGAAAAAUGGAGAAAUAGAUUUUCUUCUGGUCUUCAUUUAUAUACAAGAAAGAGACGGUUAACCCCCUCCCUCCUGAAAGGAGAAAAAAACAAAAACAAAAACAAAAACUUUUGCUCCAUUGACCUGUUAGAGAAUUAGUCAACCAGAUAACCUCAUAGAAAAUUCUCAGGGAGAUUCUUCAAGCAACCACUAUGUCAGCAGACCCAGAUGUUUCCCUUUCUUCAUAUGAUGAAGAUCAGGGAUCCAAACUUAUUCGGAAAGUUAAAGAAGCACCAUUCGUCCCCAUUGGAAUGGCAGGUUUUGCAGCAAUUGUUGCAUAUGGGUUAUACAAAUUGAAGAGCAGGGGAAAUACUAAAAUGUCUGUUCAUCUGAUCCACGUGCGUGUGGCAGCCCAGGGCUUUGUUGUAGGAGCAAUGACUAUUGGUAUGGGCUAUUCCAUGUAUCGGGAAUACUGGGCAAAACCUAAGCCUUAGAAGAAGAGAUGCUGUCUUGGUCUCGUUGGAGGAGCUUACUUUAGUUAGACAUCUCUUUGUUGAAGUUACAUAUUGUUGAAAAUAAACUAAUUUGUAUGGGUUUAGAUGGUAAAAUGGCAUUUUGAAUAUUGGCUUUCUUUCUUGCAGGCUUGAUUUGCCUGGUGUGACCACAUUACUAGUGGCUAGUUUACUAACUAGGUCAUUCAAGGAAGUCAAGUUAACUUGAAAGAAACAUGUCACCUAAAUGCACUUGAUGAUGUUGAAAUGUCCACCUUCUUAAAUUGUUCAGCUGAACUUAGUUCUAAAGAAGAUAACAGGCCAACCCUGAAGUACUCCCUGUUUGCUGCAGAAUCUCAGAUGCUUUGGAUGUUAUAUGAGAGUCCUAUUUGCCCCAGUCAAUUUAACUUUUUUCUGCCUGUUUUGUGGACAGGCUGGCCCUUUUAGAACUCUGUCCAAAAAGUUCAUGGAAUAUAACUUGUAAAGCUUCCCACAACUAACAAUAUGUGUAUGUGCAUGUGUUUAAACCAAAUGUAGAAAGUUUACAGUAGAGCUGCAUGAUAGUAGUAUUUAUUAAAGAAUCUCAGUUGUAAACAUGAGAAUAAUUUAUGGAUUCUAGUUUAGUUCUUGUGUAACUGCGAAUUAUAUUUUUGCUGCUGUUAUAUUAGAAUAAAUUUUAAAUAUCAUCUUGAAAUAGAAAUAUGUAUUUUUAGCACUCACAGCAAAGGUAAAUGAACACUUUUUAAAUGUGUGCAUUGCAUAUUUUUUCCAUAAUAAUUGUAAACAUUAAACUCAACAAAUGACCUAUAAUGGAUUUGAUUAAUGACUUAAGAGCAGGCUGGUUUGGCCAGACAGUAUACCCAAACUUUUAUAUAGUACAGAAUGCUAUUACACUUGUGAAGUUCUCUUGUCUAAACUGAAUUUACAUUCCGUCAUGAUAACAUGGCAUAUGUGUUGUUAUUAAAGUAAGCGACCCAUG